AUGUUUUCACAUGAAGAAAAUCCUAUUCAAACACAAAGAUUUUCUGAAAAUGCUGAAAAUCCAGAUUGCGUAAACCAUGAAAUUGUGCAGCAAAGCAAGGCUACCGAAGGAGCGCCGAUGGUACUGGUAAAUGAAAGUGGUGACCAAGGAUGUUCAAGCAAGUAUAACGACACAGCUAUUGGAAUAUCAAAUGUAAUGACCAGAGAGGACAUUACCUCGGCAGCGAACGCACUUAUUGAUGACCUCAACAACAAAAGGAAACAAGAUACACAACUCUUAGACGAUUUCAAAAAAGCUCUAGAGUUACAGGUUCAGAGGACCUGUGCUUUAGUUGAAGAGAAGAUGUUUCAUGUUUAUGAAGAACAAGGGAAAGUUGUCCAAGAAAAACUCCAAGAACUAUUCGCUGGUUUAGAGAGGAUUGCUAAAACAGAGGCAGAGCUGGCAGAAUUCAGGGAGGCAUUACGGCUGUUGUAUACCGAUAUAAACGCCUUUCCAGAAUGA